AAUAAAUGAGAAACUACUAACUCAAGACCAGAUAGACGAUUAUGAUGCAGCACUUAUGUUUACUUUACCGAGGCUCGUCAUUGUAUGUGGAUUGGUGAUCUUUCCAGAUGGCCCUUUAAAUGUUGACAUGCCAGCAUCUCAGAUGUCGGAAUUGUUUAGACCGUAUCAACAUGUCCUCAGAAAGAUCAGGGAACUGCUAUGUACACUGACCAGUAUUGAAUUACAUCUAUUAGAAAAAGCAUUGAGCAGUACUGACCUCUCUUGGGAAGACAUCGAGAAAGAGCUAGUGGCUCUCAAUGGAACCUCUGCCAGUCAAGCAAUUCCAAGGCUUCAUGGGCGCACAGACAAUCACAUCCAAUCACCAAUCAGAAGUAUUGGUCAAAUGGACAUGUUCGGCCAAUCACCAGCUAGUGUCAGUACACUAACAGAACGAUCUACUUUAUGCAGUAGCUUCCCAACAGAUUAUGAUCUGGAUCAAGUAAUGGCAAGAAAAUCCAGUGGGAACGAUUUUUCCGAUCAGAUGCUUGAAUAUUUAGUUGCAGAUUCAAUUCCUUUCUCCGGUAGUACACAGGUAUCUGAUGAAAUGUUAGACAGUGUUCAGAAACUGAAGGAUGCAAGAGAAAACAUAAAUAAUGCAAGAGACAAUUUAAUUGAUGAUAGCAAUCUGCCAACAAUACAAGUUAAUAGCACUACUGAAACCAAUGGUGAUGACUCGCACAAUAAUCACAAAAGAUGUAGGAGGUCGAGUGAGAGGAGGCGGUCUAGCGGCAGUAACAAUGGAUGCCAUCAUAGUCAGUCGCGCCGGAGAAGCUCUUCACAGUGUAAUGGCACAGAUGCUUUGUCCUCCUCCCUCAGUAGAGACUCGGCUUUGACAGAAGAAAUUAUUGUGCAAUCCCAAAAGCCUGGAGAAGAUGAUUCUGCCAAUUCAGGGUCCAAGAAAGCACCAUCCUCAAGGAACAAGCGGGAAAUAAGGACAAGUGAGUCAGGGACAAGCUCAGAUGUGUCUGAUAAGGAACCAGCGAAGAAAUGCUAUCUUACAGCGAAUGGGCGAAACAGAAGCGGGGCGAAUACAGAGUGCAGUUCAAGGGAAGGGAGUGAUGAUGCAGGAACUACUCUGGGUCGUAAAGGUAGUGAACCUGAUGAAAAUAUACUUUUGGAAUGCAAAGCUAGGUUAACCAACCGAGAGUAUCCAACUAUCGCUGAAUAUGAUAGACCUACUGCAGAACUUAACAAGAAGUCGACUCUCGAAUUGGAAAUGUGUAGUGAUUACACAAUGACCCGCUUUCUUUCCGAUCUCGAAAAUGCAGAGUAUUACGAUCACACAAGUCCUCAGAGUGAGAUGCUCCUUGAAGCGGAGGAUGAUGAUGAUGCAGAUGUUUUCUACCUGAGUAAAUCUACUAUGACAGAGACUAGUCACAGUAAUGUCAAUGGAAUAAAGUCUCACACAAGAACACCGAGUGUUGCCAGCUCUGGUAGCUCAAUGUCGUCACUAUCCCAGAAUCGCAUUGUAGGUCAUCACGCAGGGGCAGGGCUUAAGAUAAGGUCGAGGAGUACUGCCGACACUCAUGGCGGAUUAAGCGAUGAUGGAGAGGAGUAUGAUGACGAUGAUGAAUGCUCAACCUGUUCUUGUUCAACGUGUGCUUUGUCAGAAGCACAAAACGAUGAAUUCAAAUGGGAGUCUGAUGACAGUGGUAGCGAUUCCACUUCCUACUUAUCAGAUAACCAUGAUGAUCGUGAGAUUGCUAUGGCAAUUGAAGCUGCUGAACAAGCAGCCAAAGAAGAAACAAGGUCAAGAUUCAGUAGUACGAGUGAUCUUGUCCAUCGUUUGUUUGUUUGUGUUGCAGGUGUUGCAGAUCAGCUUCAGUCGAAUUAUGUAAGUGACCUGAGGAACAUUCUAAAAACUGUUUUUGAGGUCAAAUGUCUUGAUCCAUUUGACCUGAGCAAUCUGGUUCAAACUCUCCCUGAGAACAACCUGGAUGAGAACACCACUACCUUCUUGAACCACAUCAAUCCUUCAGCUUCACCUCUGCCAGAAGUGUUCGAAGAGCGACACAGGAACGGAAGUGGGCACAGUGGACGAGGGGACGAGCGGUGUACGAGACACAGCAGUGGGGAUAGAAGGGUACGGCAUAAUAGUAAUCACAGCGGAAGAGCUGCUGGAGAUGAGAGGAGACGACAUAACAGCAGUCGGAGUAGAAAUAAAUCGGGUCAAAGAGUUGAAGGUUUACCGUCUUGGCAACCUGAUGAGCAGUGUACACAUUGUUAUUCAUGCAAAGGGCAGUUUACUGUCCUCAGACGCAAGCAUCACUGUAGAAAUUGUGGAAAGAUUUUUUGUGCUAGAUGCUCAGCCAACUCGGUGCCACUACCACGCUACGGUCAAAGAAAAGCGGUGCGUGUGUGCAACCGUUGUUACAUGUUCCAUGUUACGCCAUUCCAGCAAUAAAGAGAUUGCCUGGCUUGAGAGCAGUGGUAUUGUUCAGUCGGAAACACGGUCACAAAAAACCUGUAAUAUAGUUCUAAAGUAUUUAUUUAUAUAAUGCCUUAUUGCUUUUAUAAACCUGUCUUAACGUUGCUGUACAAUAUAAUUGCAUGAGCACAUGGAAUGGUAUGGUUACUAAAGAAUUAUUUAUUAUAUAAAAAAAAAUAUCACAGGAGUAUUUAUUAUGCACAUACAAAAGUACAUUAUGCGAUAUAUAUCGAGGAGGUACCGUAUAUACUCACGUAUAAGACGAGGCCUAAAAUAGCAAAUUACGAUAAAAAACAGCGGUUGUCUUAUACGCACAACAUACAAAUUUUAGAUUUAUUAAAUCACAUGAAUUAGCUACUGCAAUGAAGCUACUAAAUGUUAGUAUGAAUGAACGCAAUUUUAAAUACGGGGAAAUAAGGUUUUUGAUGAACAUUUAAAAACUCAUAAAUUUUUGAAGAUCAGCCUUGCAUUUGGCUCUGUUUUUAGCCAGCUAGAUGCAAUACCAAGACCAUAAACAGCAGAAAAAAGUGGGAAUUCCUACGAUGAAACAGGGCGAUUUCUUAUAAGCCAGACAUACAAAAAUCGUCCAAAAAUCUUAUAUGAGUAUAUACGGUAUAUUAUCAGUGUUUGUAUUUGUCCAUUUUUUGUCUGUUCCAAAGUAUGCAAGUGGCAAUUAAUGGCAUAUAUUAAUUAAUAUUAAUUGUUGUGAUAUUUUAAAUUAUUAUUGUUUUAUUUAUGAUUACCUUAUAUUCAGAUCAUUGUUUUAUACCAAAUAUAUUAUAAUGAU